AUGUCAAAUAACCUCCUCUCCCUCCUGGGGUGGUCGUUCCUCCCAAACCUCGCCACCUCGUGGAUCCAGUCGAUAUACUACUCGGUGACGAUACGGGCAGGCGACCCCAAGCCCGCGCCCAACAGCCCGCGCUUCAACGAGCACCGGCGCCGCAUCCACAUCCUUGUCGUCUCGGCCUACCUGCUCUACACUUUAUACGAGACGGACCACGAGCUGACGCGCGCGUCCAACUUUUACGCCGACCUGGGCGUGCCCUUUGGCGCCUCGGAGCGCGACAUCAAGUCGCGGUUCCGCCGCCUCGCGGCCCUGCACCACCCGGACAAGGCGGGCGCCUCGUCGACGGCCGACGGCGGCGACGGCGGCGAGGUGUUUAUGCACCUCAAGACGGCCAGCGAUACACUGACUGACCCGGCCCGCCGCUUCGCCUAUGAGCGCUUUGGCCCCGAUGUGAUUGGCUGGCGCCACUGCGUCACGAUCCGCGACUACGUCUUGCGCGGCUGCCAGGUCCUGCUGCCCUACUACGCCGUGGCCGCCGCCGUCAUGUACGGCCUCGGCCUGUUUGGCUACCUCGAAUGGGGCCGCUACUGGCGCUGGUACACCCUCGUUGCCCUCUGCGUCUUUGAGCUGCACACCGUUAUGCGCCCCGGGUUCCCGCCCCUGGUGGAGAGAGUCGUCAACCCGCUGCUGACCGCCUGGACCGAUCACGCCCCUUACUUGCCUUUUCAGGUCAUCACUCUCGCCCGCAAGUGUAGUAUAACGCUCUACAUAGCCUUCAGCCAGAUUGGACCGCUACUGCAGCCCCCGGGUCAGCAAGGUGUCAAACCGGGAGAUGCGUCGGACAAGGUGCUGCGGCAAAGCUUGGACAGACUGGAGCAGGCCUCAAGAAUGAUUGAUACAGAUGCCGGACGCUUAAUGGACCUGGAAAUGGCUCCAUAUGUUGGCGACCCGGAGCUGGUCAACAGUAUGAGGAGCAAGCUGAAGGAGUGGCUCAUACAGAAUACCAUCAAAUCCGAUCCCAUGGUUAGGGAUGCUUUGGGCAGGGGUCUGCAGAAGAGAAGAGUAGAUGCCCCGGCCGGAGCCAGAGGGACGCGGUAA